CACCGGCCGAAAUGGCGGAGUGUGUGCGAUGACUGGGUCGACAGGAGACUGGAGGGCCGACAGGGCGUCACCACACCAGUCCACGUACUGUACAACACUUACCUCAGCGAGAACCCAAAGCAUUACAUGGACAUAGCACAGUUCGGGAAAGUCCUGAAGUCCAGAUUCAAGAACCAGAAGUGCCGACGCGGAGGUCAAGGAGCUCAGAUUUACGUCUACAAAAAUGUCGCCAUCAAAUCUCUGGACGAAACCAAGGGUGACGUCAGUCCAUCUGACCCUCGCCUAGCGACCAGCAGUGACGUCACUCCCCCACUCCCAUGUUCUGCCACCCUCAGUGAUGUCACUGCCUCCCACCCACGCCCAGCAACCACCAGCAACGCCUCUCCCCCACCCCCAUGUUCCACCAGCCUCAGUGAUGUCACUCUGUCUCCUUCGCGGAGUGCCACCCCCAGUGACGUCCGAGACCCUUCUCCAACACAGCCCUCCAAGAGGAAGGCUUCUGCAGAGUCCUCCAUCAUUCCUAAAAAGCGAAAGUUCUUUUUCGAGAACAGCCUUCCUCAGGGCACACCUCCCGAUAGUCCUGCCGCUGAGUCCUUCGUCAGCAGGAGCGAGCACAGCGCUUCUCCUGCUGCCCCAAAUGUGGCGUCUCAGCAGGAACCAAGCGAGAGGGCAGCCUAUGGCAGUGGCGUGUGCGAGCCAACUCAAUUCCUGGCAAAUGUGAGCAACUCUAAUGAUCAUCUGCUAAGUGAUGCCAAUAGUGAAAAGUUGUCUAGAAGUAAACACUGGUUGCCAGCCCUUGUUGAAGAUAGUGGAGGGACCGUUGACUUAACUUUAGAUCAUUUUUCGAAAAAAAUAAACUUAAAACGAAUUGCAUUCGAAAAAGAUAGCAUCGGAAACAAAAAUUAUAACAAGUCAAACUUAAUAACUGCCCAUAAAACAGACAAUAUUAUACCUCCAGUUGCCAGUGAAAAUCUAAGUGACUCGAAAACACUGACUUCUAUUGAAAACAACUUACCGGAAAUUGAAAGGGUUAACAAUAUUAUCAAUGUCAACUUCAAUUUACUCUGCACAUUGUCUCCUCAGAGCCAGUCUCCAAAGUACAACUUACAGCCAGCCUCACAAGCUGCAUCAGUGGCACCUAAAGAGACCAACCUUUGGGACGAGGAACAGCAUGUUGUGAGUGGACGAGAAAGUCCUGUGGAGGCCCAAGGGAUCAGCUGCAGGAUGGCAGUAGGACGCAAGUGGGUGGACGCUCAGCUGAGGGACAAUCCUGGGGCGAGGACCUUUGCGUGGGAGGUGGCAGCAGCUUAUGCCCGCGAUCAUCCGGACGAACCUCUUCCUGAUACCAGCAUUGCUGUGCUUAUCCGAAACAAAUUCCCGUCCAGAAGAAAAGCCUUCAAGCAAGGUCCUGUUACUACGUAUUACUUCCAAGGCCUAGAACUUGUAAAUCACAAAGGACUAUGUGAAGUUCCAGUUGUGAAAAAGCACAAUGGGCCUCCAAGCAAUAUGGAGGAUAUGGCUACUCCAUCAGUCAACUCUUUUCUAUCUAGAGCAGAAGCCUCCACCCUCGUCAAUAUAUCAGAGGAUGGCAAACCAAUCAGUGUUAUAAAUCCUCCAGCCCAAACUGUGUUUAUUAGAAAUGGCCUCCCAUGUGUAUUUCUGAAGGUCAAACCCUUCAUUAUGAGGCCAUCCAACCCUCAACUGAAAAUUGGACAUGAGGAAGCUCUUGAUAAGCAGGAGGACAGCAUUUCCUAUGGGCUAGGAGAUAAUGCUUCACCCAGACCAACCAGAGUCCAAAUGAAGGGGAAAUCACCCAGCUCACCUGAUUAUCCAGAGGCUUCAAAAAGAGGCUAUCAAUGCGAUAUGAGUGUGUUAGAAUACAUUCAGAGUGAAAUAACUGAUAAAACUGAUAAUGAGAGAUUUCCUACACCAACGACCACAGACGUUCAUAAGACUACAGGAAGGAUUAACAAAAAAAACGAUGACAAUGUGCAAAUAAACACAAAACUAUAUCAACCUGAGAAAAGGCCUAAAAUUAAAAAGAUGACUGACGAUUAUAGCGCAAGAUUUUUGGUCCAUAAAUCAAAAGUUUGGGACAAGGAUAUGAGAAAAUUUGCUUGUUUAAAUAACCAAAAUGCAAAAAUAAUUAAAAAUAAUAAAAGCAGGAAGUUUACAGAGUAUUACAAAGAUUCUUUGAGCAAAUAUAAACGAGACAAAAUAUCGGGUUCAAACGAAAAUAACGACUCGAAGUCUAGGAAAAAUGUGACUUACCAAGAAACCGAAUAUAGAUUUGGACACAUGGAGAGUAUUAAGAGGACGAUCUUGGAGACGGCGCUUAAUCUGUUCUCAGAGGAGGGAGCGUCGCUGCCUGAGGGAGAGCGAGCCCGGAGGCUGGAGGCGGCCCUGUACGAGCGAAACCCAGCCGUGCAGUACAAGGACGGCGUCCCGUGGCCCUCCACACAGAGUGAGGACGCUGAGGAGUUCCCAUGUCGAGCCUCACAGAUCCUGGCAGAGGCGAGUGCACUCGCCCAGGGGGACGCCACGCAACUCCUGUACCACCACCAGUACUGCCCAGGCCAAGGCUGCUCCUACAACGGCGACCUGUGCCUGAGCCUGAGGGCAGCUUACACGCACAUCAGCAUCUUCCGUCACCAAUGCCACGUGUGGCACUGCUUCAGCGGCGUGCUUGCACUCCACGCCAGCUCUUGCAGCAGAGUGGACUGCCCCGUGCAGUUCUGCCUGUUCGCCAAGCACGAGCUCAGCAGCAGAGGAUUGCUGUCCUGGCCUGCAGUGGAGGCUGAGCGACAGCUCUUGAGGCGAGAGUUCGACGAGUGCGAGCGCUCGGGGCGGCACGAGGCUCGGCUGCACUGCCACCACCGGCAGCGGGUCCAGCUGCCUUUGCCGAAACCUGUGGACAAGACUGGAUGAGGAGACGUCAAAUAU